AUGAUUGAUCCUCGCAUGAAAGCUGGUUCCAAUGUGAUGAAAACCAAUGAUGAUCCAGCAAAUGCUUACCAAGCCAAUGAUGACCGAGCCAGUGAUGAGCAAGCCCAUGACGACCAAGCCAAUGAUGACCCAGCCGUUGAUGAUCCUUCCAAUGAUGAUCCAGCCGAUGAUGACCCAACCAUUGAUGAUCCAGCCAAUGAUGAUCCAGCAAAUGCUGACCUAGCCAAUGAUGAUCCAGCCAGUGAUGACCCAGCCAUUAAGGAUCCAGCAAAUGAUGAUCCAGCCAAUGAUGAUCCAGCCAUUGAUGAUCAAGCUAGUGAUGAUCCAGCCAGUGAUAACCCAGCUAGUGAUGAUCAAGUCAAUGAUGUGGGUAUUGAGGAUCCAGCCAACGAUGAUCCAGCCAAUGAUGACCUAGCCAAUGAUGAUCCAGCCAAUGAUGACCCAGCCAUUGAUGAUAGAGCCAACGAUGAUCCAGCCAAUGAUGACCUAGCCAAUGAUGAUCCAGCCAAUGAUGACCAAGCCAAUGAUGACCCAGCCAUUGAUGAUCCAGCCAAUGAUGACACAGCCAUUGAUGGUCCAGCCAAUGAUGACACAGACAAUGAUGACACAGCCGUUGAUGGUCCAGCCAAUGAUGACACAGACAUUGAUGAUCCAGCCAAUGAUGACCCAGCCAUUGAUGAUCCAGCCAAUGAUGACACAGCCAUUGAUGGUCCAGCCAAUGAUGACACAGACAUUGAUGAUCCAGCCAAUGAUGACACAGCCAUUGAUGAUCUAGCCAAUGAUGCUCCAGCCAUUGAUGUAUGGAAAAGUCAUGGAUUGUAUAUCCUAAAUGUAAGGAUGGGCAUGGAUGAAAUCGGGGACAAGUAA